AACCAAAAUCGACAUUGAGUGCUUGCUUACACGUCAAAUGAUUUGCUAUUGCUGGUUUUUACGAUAAAAUGUUUUUUAUUUAUCGCUAAAAGUGAUUGAAUAAAUAAUUUGGAAGUGUAGAUAAUAAAAAUAAAAACAUUGGGAACAGUUGAUGCGCACACACAAUACAAAAUCAUUACUUAGAAGUAACAACUAAUGCAUUAAAAUAGGCUAAGCUUAUCAGAAAAUGGGUGGUCUAUUCAGUUACUUCAGAGGGUUGCUAGGGGCGCGAGAAAUGAGGAUUUUGAUCCUCGGAUUGGACGGCGCCGGGAAGACUACGAUAUUGUACAAACUGCAGGUCGGGGAGGUGGUGACCACGAUACCUACCAUCGGCUUUAACGUAGAACAAGUCACAUAUAAGAACUUAAAGUUCCAAGUGUGGGAUCUUGGAGGACAGACCAGUAUUAGGCCUUACUGGCGAUGUUAUUACGGGAACACAGAUGCAAUAAUAUAUGUAGUAGACUCAGCAGAUAGAGAUCGAAUAGGAAUAUCUAAAGAUGAAUUGGUACACAUGUUGAGGGAGGAAGAGCUAGCCAAUGCAAUACUAGUAGUCCUAGCAAACAAGCAGGACAUGGCAGGAUGCCUCACAGUGGCUGAGGUGCACCAAGCGUUGGGCCUGGACGCCCUCCGUGACCGUACCUUCCAGAUCUUCAAGACUUCGGCCGUGCGCGGCGAGGGGCUGGAUCAAGCGAUGGACUGGCUCUCCAACGCGCUACAGGCUAGGAAAUAACACCUGAAGGAUGCUUGUAACUGAAGUGGCCACGUGAUACAAGAGGGCUUGAUGUGUGCGUGCGCGAUGGACAGAAUAAGAUAGUCACAUGUAACGCCAUUAGUUUUAGCAUUCUACGUCGUCGCCGAUACAAUACACACGCGU